GUUCAGGUAAUUGGUGGCUCCGAGGUCCACAUCGGCCACGGCCUGCUCCGCAAGGUGCCAGAGAUGGCGCUGGCGGCAGGCAUCAAGGCAUCCCGAUUCGUCAUCGUGUCGGACGAGACGGUCUUCGGCCUUUACGGGCAGACACUGGUGGACGCGUUCGUGGCGGCCGGCCACACGCCGCUCACCUUCCAGGUCAAGCCGGGAGAGAACUCCAAGUGUCGCAUGUACAAGCAGCAGAUCGAGGACCAUAUGCUCGAGCACCGCUGCCAGCGAGACACGUGCAUGCUUCCUGUAGGCGGAGUGGUCGGCGACCUGACUGGGUAUGUCGCGGCGACGUACAUGCGCGGCGUGCCGGUGGUGCAGGUGCCGACCUCGAUGAUGGCGAUGCUCGACUCGUCCGUCGGCGGCAAGACGGCCAUCAACGUGCCGAGCGGCAAGAACUUGGUGGGCGCCUUCCACCAGCCAAGGCGCGUGACCCGUCACUGUCGAGCUGUGGUGGAGGGGCUCGCCGAGGCGGUCAAGAUGGGCUGCAUCCGGCACGCGCCCCUCUUCGACUUGCUCGAGGGGCGCGUCGAAGAGGUGGUGACGGAGGCGGUGCGGCUCAAGGCGGAGGUGGUCGCGCUCGACGAGAAGGAGGGCGGCGUCCGGUCGACACUCAACUUCGGCCACACCAUCGGCGAGCACCACCUUCGUCUCACGGGCUCGCCUCGCCGCCUCCAGCGCGUCCACGACGGGUCCAUGCCGUGUCCUGUAGGGCACGCCAUCGAGGGGCUUGCCUCGCCGCAGCUGCUGCACGGCGAGUGCGUCUCGAUCGGAUGCGUCUACGAGGCCCGCUCCUUCCCCUGCGCCUGCACUCGCCACACGAGCCCCUCCCGGAGGCCUGCCGUCCUCGCGCGCGAUCUCGGCCAGCUCGCGCCUUCCGCCGUCGGCCGCAUCAGCCGUGCGUACGGCUUGCCGACGACGUGCCCGCUCAAGUACCUGCGGCUCGACGAGCUGAUGGGCAAGAUGGCGCUCGACAAGAAGAACGCCGCCGGCCGGGUGCGCGUCACGAUCCUCAAGUCCAUCGGCAGCUCGUUCGACCACCCGCAGCCCGUGGACACGGCCCUCAUCCGGCGGCUCCUCUCGCCGUCGCUGCUCGUCCUCCCGCCCGCCGCGCCGCCCUCGGGCGCCACCCUCGCCCUCGCGCCCUCCCCUCCGCCGGGGCGCGCCGUCCUCGUGCCUGGCUCAAAGUCGAUCUCGAACCGCGUGUUGCUCAUGGCCGCCAUGGGGCGCGGCACCGUCGCGAUCCGGGGCCUGCUCCAGUCCGACGACACGCAGGUGAUGAUUGCGGCGCUCGCCGCGAUGGGCGCCGGCCCCUUCUCGUGGCUCGACGGUGGCAACAUCCUCCAGCUCACCGGCCUCGCCGGCAAGUUCGCCCCCCCCACCGAGCCGCUCUACCUCGGCAACGCCGGCACCGCGGCGCGGUUCCUCACGACGUGCGCGACGCUCAUCCACGCGCCCGGCGCCGCGACGACGCUCACCGGCGACGGGCGCAUGAAGCAGCGCCCCAUCGACGACCUCACCGCCGCGCUGCGCCAGUGCGGCUGCUCGAUCGAGCACACCGAGCCAGCGACCUCCCCCGCCUCGCUCCCGCUGCGCGUGGACGCGUCCGGCUUCCCGGGCGGCCGCAUCGAGCUCUCGGGCCGCGUUGAGCUCGUGCUCAAGGAGCCGCCCGUCUCGCAGUCGUACAUCGACAUGACCGUCUCGCUGAUGCGCAGCUUCGGCGUCGCCGUCGAGCGGCAGGGCGCGCUCGUGUACAAGGUGCCGCGCGCCGUCUACGCCAACCCCGCCUCCCUCCAGGUCGAGGCGGACGCCUCCUCCGCCACGUACCCGCUCGCGAUCGCCGCGAUCACCGGCGGGAAGGUGACGGCCGAGACGGUGGGCGCCGACUCGAUCCAGGGCGACGCCAGGUUCGCGGCGCUGCUGGGCGAGAUGGGGUGCGCCGUGCAGCAGGACGGGACCAGCACCACCGUCAGCGGCCCUCCGCCGUCGCAGCGGCUGCGGGCGGUGGAGGUGGACAUGGAGCCGCUGACGGACGCCUUCAUGACGGCGGUGGCGGUGAUGGCGGUGGCGGAGGGCACCUCGCGGGUGACGGGUAUCGCGAACCAGCGCGUCAAGGAGUGCAACCGGAUCGCCGUCAUGGUGUCCGAGCUCGGCAAGCUCGGCAUCGAGGCGGGAGAGCUCGAGGACGGCAUGUGGGUCACCGGCGUGGACCCGGCGACCUUCGCACCGCGACCGGCGACCAUCGCGUGCCACAACGACCACCGCAUCGCCAUGUCCUUCGCCGUGCUCGGCGCGAGGCUGCCGGGCAUCACCAUCGGGCAAAAGGACUGCGUCGACAAGACCUUCCCCGAGUUUUGGGCGGUGAUGAGCUCCAAGCUCGGCCUGUCGUACGACGUGCCUCCGCCAGAGGCGUGCAGCAGCGCGGCGGCGGCGGGCGCGUCCGCGGACGCGUCCAUCGUGAUGGUGGGGAUGCGGGGCGCGGGCAAGACGCACUUGGGCGAGUCCGCCGCCCGCGCCCUCGGGCCGCAGCGGACCGUGAUUGCCACCGGGGGCGGCAUUGUCGAGACGGCGGCGGCGCGCGCCGUCCUCGCGGCCCACUGGCCCGUCGUGCAGGCUCUCAAGCCGAUCGAGGACAUCGAGGCGUACCUCUCCUCGGACGGCAGCCGCCCCGACCUCGGCACGCCGCCGCGCGAGGUGUACGCCCGCCGCGCGCCCUGGUACGACGAGGUGUCCGACGUCGACGUGCUCAUCGCGCCGCGCGAGUCGGACUGGGGCGCGCCGCAGGCGCAGCUGGCAGCGCUACUCGGCCGCGUGCGUGGCACGGCGGCGGCGGCGGCGGCGGCGCGGCCGUACUCCUUCUUCCUCUCGCUGACGCUGCCCGAGCUCUCUGCGGAUCGGCCCCUCCCCGCGGCCAUCUUCGAGGGCUCGGACGUCGUCGAGAUGCGCGUCGAUCUCCUCGCCGACACCUCGACGGACGCGAUCCGCCGCUACCUCGCGCUGCUGCGCAAGCAGUCGGGCGGCCGGCCGGUGCUCUACACGGUCCGCUCGGUGGGUGAGGGCGGCCGCUUCGGCGGCAGUACCGACGAGUACCUGCGGCUGAACGAGGUUGGCCUCCGGGCGGGCUGCGAGAUGCUCGAUCUCGAGGCGGCACGCGACGGCCCGCCGAUGCGCGACAUGAUCGCCCGCGCGGCACGGCUGGGCAUUGGCAUCGUCGGGUCGUUCCACGAGCUCGGCCCGAUGCCUUCGCAGGAGGGCGUCAUCACGGCGCUCCGCAGGUGCUGCCUCGGCGGAGCCGCCGCCGUCGCAAAGUUUGUCGGCGUCGCGAGCGAGCCGUCGCACGCGCUGCUCGUCCACAGCGCUGCGGCGGCGGCGGAGCUGCCCGUGCCGCACAUUGCCCUCGCCAUGGGCCCGUUCGGCCGCAUGUCGCGCGUGCUCAACGCGACGCUGACGCCGGUGACGCACCCGCUGCUCCCCGCCGCCGCCGCGCCCGGACAGCUGUCGGUGGCGGAGAUCACGGCGGUGCGCCGCUCGCUGGGCUACCUGCCGAGCAAGGAGUUUUUUCUCUUUGGCACGCCGACCAAGCACUCGCCUUCGCCCGCCAUCCACAACGCCGGCUUCGAGGCGAACGGGUGCGGCAACACCUACGGCACCGCGGCCACCGUGAUCGGCGCGAUCAACACGCUCACUCGUGCCGCCGACGGGCGGCUACUCGCCGACAACACGGACUGGGUGGGCAUCCGCAACCUGCUCGCCGCCGGGCUGCGGCAGAGGCACGGCGGCGCGGCCCCGGCCGAGCUCUGCGCGCUCGUGCUCGGUGCGGGCGGCACGGCGCGCGCCGCGUGCCACGCGCUUCGCCAGCUCGGCGCGGCGCAGCUGUACGUGUUUAACCGGACGCGCGAGAAGGCCGAGGCGCUCGGCGCCGCCUUCGACGCCGUCCCCCUCUCCGGCGAUCUCGACGCGGCGGUGGGCGGGCUGCCGCAGCUGCACCUCCUUGUCUCCUGCAUCCCCGGCUCGGCGGGGGUGGCGCCCUCGGAUGCGCUCCUCCGCCGCCACUCGCCCGUCGUCCUCGACGCCGCCUACCGCCCGCGCGACACGCCGCUGCUCGCGGCGGCGCGCCGCGUGGAGAUGCUCGCCGAGCAAGCGUACGCGCAGUGCGAGACAUGGACUGGGCUGCCGGCGCCGAAGCGUGCCAUCCUCAAGGCGGCGGCCGAGACGCUCCGGCGCGGCGGGGCGCUCGGACUGGGCGGCGCCUCGUCACUGCUCCGCGUGCGCAAAUAG